AUGCUAAUACGGGCUGUCUGACAAGUUUGUGACGCUAGGAGACCCGGAAGAACGAGUCUGCAUUUAAUUGAAACUAAACCCGAAAAAAAACAAAUGAAAUAGAAAAGAGAAAAGUCUGGAGGUCAGCGGGUUUUUGUAAUUUGCAGGCAGCAUGUCGGCUUCUGCGGUUUUCGUGCUGGAUAUCAAGGGGAAGGUGCUGAUCUCUCGGAAUUACAAGGGGGAUAUCGACAUGAAUGAAAUCGAUCACUUCAUGCCCAUUCUGAUGCAGAAGGAGGAGGAAGUUGAUGUGUCUCCAUUUGUGGCCCACGGGGGAGUGCACUUCCUGUGGAUCAAACACAGUAACUUGUACUUGGUAGCGAUGACUAAGAGCAAUGCCAACGCGGCCUUGGUCUUCACCUUUCUCUACAAAAUAGUGGCGGUUUUUAAAGAGUAUUUCAAAGAGCUGGAAGAGGAGAGUAUCCGGGAUAACUUCGUAACCGUUUACGAGCUCAUGGAUGAGGUGAUGGAUUUCGGAUUUCCUCAAACAACAGACAGCCAGAUCCUGCAGGAGUACAUCACACAGCGGGGGCACAAGCUGGAGGUGGGCGCCCCCCGGCCCCCGGCAACCGUAACCAAUGCCGUCUCCUGGAGAUCGGAGGGGAUCAAAUACCGGAAGAACGAAGUGUUUAUGGACGUUAUUGAGUCUGUCAAUUUACUGGUGAGUGCGAGUGGCAGCGUGCUGCGCAGUGAGAUCGUGGGCAGUGUCAAGAUGAAGGUGGUCCUGUCAGGAAUGCCAGAGCUGCGGCUGGGACUCAAUGACAAGCUCCUCUUUCAGAACACAGGCAGGGAUAAGGGUAAGGCUGUGGAGCUGGAGGAUGUGAAGUUCCACCAGUGUGUGCGGCUGUCCCGCUUCGAGAACGACCGCACCAUCUCCUUCAUCCCUCCCGACGGAGACUGUGAGCUGAUGUCCUAUCGACUCAACACACACGUGAAACCCCUGAUCUGGAUUGAAUCUGUCAUUGAGAAAUAUUCCCACAGCCGAGUGGAGAUCAUGGUCAAGGCCAGGGGUCAGUUCAAGCAGAGAUCGACGGCAAACAACGUGGAGAUCACGGUUCCUGUGCCGAGCGAUGCAGACUCCCCGAAAUUCAAGGCAUGCACCGGCAGUGCCAAAUGGGUCCCGGAGAAGAACGCGGUCAUCUGGACCAUUAAAUCAUUUCCUGGGGGUAAGGAGUACCUGAUGCGGGCACACUUUGGUCUGCCCAGUGUGGACAGUGAAGAACUGGAGAGGAAGCCACCGAUCACAGUCAAAUUUGAGAUUCCCUACUUCACUGUAUCAGGGAUUCAGGUUCGCUACCUGAAGAUCAUUGAGAAGAGUGGAUACCACGCCCUGCCCUGGGUCAGGUACAUCACCCAGAGCGGAGAUUACCAGCUUCGGACAAACUAAACUGUGCAUUGAAGAUGAAUUUCACACCAGCGCACUAUCUUUACUGUGCAGAUGAAGACCAAACAAUAGGAAGAAAAAAAAGCACAAUACAGAUAAUCCUUUCAUGAAAGAUGGCUUGUUUUUUAUUGAAAAUGUUAAGUGGGAGACGAUUUGUAUUGAAAUGCAAUGCAUGAAACAUGUAUCACUGUACCAUUUACAAAUGUUAAACUGUGACCAAAGGGACAGGUCAGAUUUACUAUCAAACAUUAAGUAUAGUGUAACUGUGCGUAAUAACAUUGUAAUGAUGUGUAAGUACACAUGUAUUUACUCAGUAACUACUAUGUAAAUACACAGCAAUUAGAGAAACAACGUGAAGUGUUACCAAACUAACCUGGACAAUAACUGACUGAACAUUGCAAAACACCCCAGCAGUUUAAAUGUGUGACCUGGAUUGCGUCUUCUACUUAGAUGUGUACUUGUUUUAUUUCUUCUCACUUUGUAUCUCUUAUUUGGAGAGGUAGUGGAUAUGCCUCGUUUCACUUCCUCCCGACUUGCUGCUGUGAGUCGCGGUUCUUCCUCGUAAGUCCUGUCUGAUAAGACUCGGCUCAUGAGGGAAGUCAUACGCUCUACAAAACUAAAGAUUACUGAAGCUUUCUGUUUGGAUCCAGAGCUUUUAGUUUUAAACAAUAAAGACUAGCCAAUGUCAAAA